AUGCAGCCCCUUAUCACAACGGACUUUGGAGAUUAUAAUCAAUACCUGUCACAGGACUUCCUCAGGGAGUAUGUGCUGUUCCCCGUGAACUGGUCUGUGGACGGUGUAUUGGAGGAGUGGACUCAGAAAGUGGCCGAGGAGCAUAAGCGCCACUGUCGAAUGCAGGCUGCUGAGGCUGAGCUCCUCUACAUUAAGGAGGUGGAGAAACUUGAUGGCUUUGGGCAGGAAAGCUUUGCUGCAAAGGACAACUACACCAAUGAUAUAUUCAUCGGUGUGUCGUUCAUCGGGGUGUUUGUCAAACACAGAAAUGGGAGGUCCAUCAUGCUCCACAGAUGGAAGGACAUUGGCACCAUCGCACACAACAAGUCGGCCAUCACCGUGGAGAUAACCAGCAGAGAAGACGCCAUCAUGUUCCACACAGAAGACAUCGAGAUGUCCAAGUACAUUGCCAGGCUUUUCACAGCCAGACACAAAUUCUACAAACAGAACAAGAUAUGUGCUGAGCCUGCCCAUUCUCCAGCUCCCAUCAGGAGGAGGCCCACGUGGAACCGCCUGCCCAGGCCUCAGUCCUGCAUCCUGCAGCCCAUGCACUCGCAGUACGCUGACCAUUACCAGGACACCCAGAGCUCCCAGGACAGCAUCUUCCAUGACGACCCGUACUUUAAGUCGGAGAGCAGUCUGGACCGGUGCCUGGUGGACCUGGGCUUCCGUAACGGCGGCAGCAUGUGCAGCAGCCAGAGCGUGAGCUCGCUGAACCGCUCGCAGACCUUCGCCCAGGCCUCGCCCGCGUCGCCCGCCGCGUCCGUCUCGGCGUCCAGCCUCAGCAUCCCCGACUACCCGUCCACGUCCAGCCAGCGCCACUCCUCCUCCGCCGCCUCCUCCUCCGCCGUGCUGCCGCCCUCGUACCGGCCCACGCCCGAGUACGACGCCGUCAUGCGCCAGAAGCGUCACCGCCUGCUCCCCCCCGCCACCGCCAACGCUCAGCACGCGCCGGCCAAUCAGCACGCCGCGCCGCAGCGCCGCUCCGCCGACUGCCACAGCCUAUCGCUGCGCAGCCUCAACAUCAGCCACGCCUACCGGCAGCCCGAGGCGCUGGUCAACAGCCAGCCCGAGAUCCACUACCACUCCGGGCCAUACGGGGGCGAUAUAGGGGGGCACCAGCUGGGGUAUCACCAUCACGCCAUCGGACCCCCCUCGGAGCGCACCCGGGGCACGGGCAGCACCGCAUGGGGGGGGGCAGCGGGCAGCACCAUCUCGCACACGGUGAGCACCCCAGAGCUGGCCAACACCAUGCAGCAGUGUGGGGGGGGCGGCGGCGGGUUCGGAGCGUCCGGGGGCAACGGAGGAGGAGGAGGAGGAGGCGGCGGGGGCAACGAUCACGGGGGGCUGGGGGGCGGCGGUGGCAUCCCAUCCGCGGGGCAGGGGCAGCACGGGUACGGCGGGGCGGGCGCCGCCCACAUGCUUCGGAACCACUUGUCCCGCCCGCCCCCGCCGUACCCGGCCUUCCGGCCCGCCACCAGCACCCCGGACCUCGCCAGCCUGAGGCUCCGGUGCCCAGGGGGCGGCAGCAGCCCCGAGCUGGUGCGCGUGCAGAAGGUGCAGCUGGCCGCCGUCAAGACCUUCCAGCCGGACAGCUGCGCCGUGGUGCGCCAGUCCCUGCAGGAGGCCAGCAGUGCCAACCUGAGCGGGCACCAGCGCCGCAGUGCCAACCUGAGCAAGAGGCAUAGCAUGGAGGUGGUGCAGGGGCUCCGGGGCGGGCUCACGAUGGCCUGCGGCGGCCAAUCACAGAUGCCCCUGCCGCGACGGAACACGCUCCGAGAGCAGGUGGCCCCACCCCCGCAGCAGGCUCCGCCUCCUAAAGAGUCGCCCGCGCAGAUGCCUGCUCAGAAAGCGGAGGCGUACCAGCACCAGAAGACGCUGUCCAACGCCACCAUGCUGGUCCACAGCAGCGAGAGCGAGGAGGAGGAGGACGAGGACGAGGAGGAAGAGGCGCCCGAGCUGGACGUCCGCAUCCCCGGCCUCAACGACGACAUCGGCGCCCAGCUCCAGGCCGCCCUGGCCAAGCUGCCCAGCAAGCCCCCGCCCGAGUACCCGGGCCCCCGCAAGAGCGCCAGCAACAGCACCCUCCUCCUCCGGCAGGAGCGCCAUCCCCACGACCGGGCGCCCCCAGCGCCACCAACGCACCAGACGCACCAGACGCACCACGCGCAGCAGGGCGGGCACGGGGGUGGGGGCACGGCGGGCACCCUGACCCGCGGAGAGCAGCAGCCGACGGGCAGCGGUCUGAGCGGCACCGGUCUGGGGCCGUCCCUGUCGGAGCCGGACCUGACCAGCGUGAAGGAGCGCGUGCGCAAGGAGCCGGUGAAGGAGCGGCCCGUGUCGGAGAUGUUCUCCAUCGAAGACAGCAUCGUGGAGAGAGAGAUCGCUCAGAGGACGCUGGAGAAACAGCAGCAGAUGUCUGAGAGCCCAAAGCGCCCUCUGCUGGCUGCCACCCUCAACGGCCUCUACGCCAACCGUAUGCCCGUCCACGCCAACCGCAUGCCCGUCCACGAGAGUCCGCAUGAAGACGCCGGUGCCAAGGCCAGCACUGAUGAGAGGUGUAAGACCCUUGAGCUCAGGAUGGAGGACGAGCACCUGUUGGCCGAGUACGAGCAGGUGCCCAAGAAACGGGCCGACUCGGUGGUCACCACGGCAACGCUGCCUGACAACGCCGAGCGCAACCGCUUCCGGGACGUGGUUCCGUACGAGGAGAACCGCGUGGAACUCGUCCCGAACAAGGAGAACAACACGGGCUACAUAAACGCCUCACACAUCAAGGUGACUAUCCGUGGAGAGGAGUGGCACUACAUCGCUACCCAGGGCCCGCUGCCCCACACCUGUCAGGACUUCUGGCAAAUGAUCUGGGAGCAGGGAGUCAACGUCAUCGCCAUGGUGACGGCCGAAGAGGAAGGGGGGAAGGGGAGGAGCCAUCGCUACUGGCCCAAGCUGGGCUCCAAGCAUAACUCCGCCUCCCACGGCAGGUUCAAGGUCACCACCAAGUUCCGCACCGACUCCGGCUGCUAUGCCACCACCGGGCUGAAAGUGCGCCACCUGCUGUCCGGCCAGGAGAGGACCGUCUGGCACCUGCAGUACACCGACUGGCCUGAACAGGGCUGCCCUGAAUAUGUCCAGGGCUUCCUUUCCUACCUGGAGGAGAUCCAGUCGGUGCGACGGCACACCAACAGCAUGCUGGACCCCUCUCGCAGCCUGCGCCCCCCGGUGGUGGUUCACUGUAGUGCAGGCGUGGGGCGCACAGGAGUGGUCAUCCUCACUGAGCUCAUGAUCUGCUGCCUCGAGCACAACGAGAGAGUGGAGGUUCCCAUCAUGCUGAACAGACUGCGUCACCAGCGCAUGCUCGUGGUCCAGACGCCGGCGCAGUACAAGUUUGUCUACCAGGUUCUCAUCCAGUUUCUCAAGAACUCCAGACUCAUCUAGACCGCUCUGCAGAACACACACACACACACACAC